AUGAGCAGCACGGCUGAGAUUUUCAACAAUUUUCAGGACUAUCUCAACGCAGAUUACGAUCUCAGAGAGGAAAUUCGGGCAGUUGUCCGAGAUUUAGAGCAGUCAGCCAGAGAGAUACAAACGACACUGCAAGCAAUACACCAGCCAUCAAAAAGUACUGGCUAUGAAGAGAUCUGCCAGUCAGCUCUGUCGAUGUUCAGCAAAGUUAAAGAAAACUAUGCUGUUCUCGCUACAAAGAUUCCAAGCAACCAGUACUACAGGUACAAUGACCACUGGAAGUUUGUGACCCAGAGGCUGAUAUACCUGUGUGCACUGAUCGUUUACCUUAGAGACGAGAGCCUCGUGUCCAGGGAAACAGUGGCUAGCAUGCUGGGAGUAAAAACUAACAGAGAGGAUGGCUUCCACAUUGAUCUGGAUGAUUACUUAAUGGGUGUUCUCAACCUCACAAGUGAACUGUCCCGGCUAGCGAUGAAUGCAGUGACUGCUGGAGACUAUUCACGACCACUGAGAAUCUCACACUUCAUCGGGGAACUGGAUGCAGGUUUUAGGUUACUAAACCUGAAGAAUGAUGCUCUGCGUAAAAGAUUUGAUGGCUUGAAGUAUGAUGUCAAACGAUGCGAGGAAGUGGUCUAUGACCUGACAAUACGUGGCCUCGUUGGGAGGGAGGAGAAGGCGGAAUAA